AUGGCGCCCUCGCGGUGGCCCCUAUUCGGGUUUAGCGCCAUCCCUGGCCGCUUUUACCGUCCCAGCGAUCUGCCAUCCAUCUAUAAAGCACCGCCCUCCCCACCUGGACUCAACGACGCACCUUUCUCUUCUUUUUCCUCCUUUCCCCUUUCUUUCUGGCCUCCACUGACCCCCCUGCGCACCGGAGUGCCCUGCACAUGCACUGCCCCUUUCAUUUCGCUGCGGAAUGGCCGCGCCAUCCGACGCUCAGGCCGUGCGGCCAACGUGGACAGCGAGGCGAUUCGGUCGCCCACCAGCCUGGAUAUCUGA